AUGAGUCGCAUCGACAGAAAAGUAAAAGAAUGGGCGUCAUGGAGUUUUCCCAAGAGUGUUGUUCUCCAAGGGCAGAUCAAAGACGGGAUUGACAAGCUUCAGCGCGACAUCGAUGUCGCCAUGAUGAAAUUUCAGGUCAGCAUGGGCAUGGAGCUCGCUCGUGGACAGAUGGCAUCGCAAGCCAUCCAAAGGGGUACCUCAGAAGAGAUUCUACAAGUGCUUCAAACAAUCAUGAAAAGAAUCGACGACAGGAGUCUUCUUAACGUACAGUCAUCACAAGUUGCUGAGGAUAAAAUGGAGAGUGUGCAAACGGAUAUCUUAGGUCUAUCUUUGGAAUCGAGUCAAGGGUGGUUAGCUACAGAAGGAUUUCCGUUGGCCGCCGAUUUUAUGACUGAGGAAAAACUCUUGGAAACUCCUGGAAUACCGAACUUAUCUGAUGAUUCCAGGCCUAUACCGAAGCGCCCUUCUAUAUUUUCUCUUCCCUCUCUUCCUUUAAGAAGUGAUAGCGAGUCGAGUAUCAGGUCUUCGAGCUUUAGGAAGCCGCUUGAAAUGUUAAUCAUUCCGGGCAACGAGAUUUCAGAGGCAGAUAAGCUGUCAUCAAUCUCGCCUUCCACUCCAUCUGCCUCUCAUUUUGGUAGCCAGACAACAUUUUCGUCCUUCAGUUCUCCAUCCACGGUUCGGAGCGCGAUCUCCACUGACUCGGGCAUUUAUAUGCCUGAGGUUGUUAGUGAAGCCGUGACAGAUCCGAGAUCAAUUGUAAAGUUAAGUGCAGUUGGCAACGUGAUUUCAGGGACGUUGGAAGGACUCGUUGGGCGCCUUACAAAUAACUUCAACUCCAUGAGGGAUCUUGGCUUCCACGAUACACUCCUCCUUGCAUGUGCCGAUUUCACGACGCCUGAGACCCUGUUUGGAAUACUUGCUCGUCGGUUUCAUGAGGCAGAAGGUGGAGUUAAAAAUCGCGUGGCCGUCCAAUACGACAUCUUGACGGUCAUAACGUAUUGGGUGUCGCGUUGUCACCUUCCUGUCAAUCAGCAACUCCUCUCGCGGAUGAAGAACUUCUGUGAAGCAGCUAUUAUCGCGAAAACGUCCCCAACCAUGGCCAAGAAGGCUAGCGAGCUCUUACAGAUGAUCGAUGAAAGAUCAAGUAAAGAUCUGAUAAUCUCACCGACGUUAUCGCCUGGCAGAAAACUGCUACAAGACUCAGACAUUGCUCCUCACCACCUUGCAAUCGCACUGACUCUUCUCGAGGGUGACAAGUACAAGGCUAUUGUCCCCUCCGAUUACAUAGCUCAUCUCAGGAAGCAUCCUGGCUCAAACAGCGUCAAGGUCGCAUGUUUGGUGAACAACAAGAUCGUGCUUUGGGUCAAGCAAUCCGUUUUGCAUUAUGACACGGCAAAAUUACGGGCGCAACGUCUUGAGUUUUUUCUCAACACAGCACAAGAAUGCCGGAAACUCAGAAAUUAUGAGUCGCUUAUUGCUAUUGGGAUCGCACUUCAUUCGGCGCCUGUCGAACAUCUGAAGCUCACCAAACAGAGCGUAUCUAUAUCUAUGAGGCGUGAGCUAAAAGAGUUAGGACACGUCUUGGAUCCCUCUUCAAACCAUCGUGGCUAUCACAAGGUUUUGGAUCAAGUCGUUGACCAGGAGAUGCGUAAUUACUGCGUUCCUUGGCUAGCUGUGCACUUGAAGGAGUUGCGUUCAGUUUUGACGCACAACCCAAUCGUAGUUGAAGAUGAAGGCCGUCCAUUGAUUAACUUCCAGCGAUAUGUUAAAUUCAUGGACAAGAUCAAGGAAACACUCCAUCACAAACCUCCAGAUCUGGAGCAAUAUCGUCAGCAAGGCUACCUCGCGUACCUUGAGAAUCAACUCCAGUUCGUGCACAUUGGCGAAGAUACAGACGACGAGCUCAUGAAAAGGAGUAUCGCACUGCGAAAAGGCGAGGUGCUUGAAAUCAAGCGCAGAUAUCAAAGUGUUGGUUUCAAUAGCCUCCGACUGGGGCCAGUGGCCAUUCAAGCCGACGGAGAUGUCGGUUCCUCCGCUGUAGAGCAGCAUUCUAGUCUGCCCCGCACGUCUCAAUAUCUGCUUUGCACACAGCGCCGAAUCCUUGGGAAUUGGGAGCGAUGA